UGUACAGUACAUGGAGGGUUACCUGAUUAUCGCUCAGGCGGUGUUUGCCGACUUUUUCCAGCCUUUAAACUAAUUUACCGGCGUCUGUCUAAGACUCGGAAUGGCCUCCCGCUCCAUCAGCAGAUAGCAGAAUGGAUUCACUUUGUUGUUUUAGUAGACAGACACCAUCUCUCAGCUUUCAGGGCCUUUUGGACCAACAGCAGCCCAAACUUGGGUCUUUGUACAGCGUCCGGGAGCCAAGCAGCUGGUUGACUCGACGGGUAAAGCUUUCAUAAUAAUAAUAAUGGAUAAUAACGGCGAAGCCUUCAACGAUAUUCGGACUGUUUACGCUGCAGUUUCCAGAGGACCGAACACGGACGUGAAAGCGCUGCUUUUCAGAGUUUACAGGAGGAGGUGGUUCGUGCUGCUGGUGCUGUGUCUCCUGAACUGCUCCAACGCAGCGAUAUGGCUUACCUUUGCACCAGUGGCGAACCAGUCUGCCCAGUACCUGGACGUCACUCUGGAGGAGAUCGACUGGUUAUCACUGGUCUUCAUGGUGGUGGCCAUUCCGCUCAGCUUUGUGACCACUUGGAUGCUGGAUACUCUCGGACUACGGACAACGCUGAUCUUGGGUGCCUGGCUGAACAUGCUCGGAGCUCUGCUGCGGUUCCUCGGCACGCUCGGGGCUGAGAGUUUUAAAAUCCGGUACCCGAUAGUGAUGCUGGGGCAGACCCUUGGUGCUUUGGCUCAGCCCCUCAUUAUUUUUGCUCCCACCAAGCUGGCGGCCCUGUGGUUCCCCGACCAUCAGCGGGCCACAGCUAACAUGAUCGCCUCAAUGGCGAAUCCCCUGGGAAUCCUCCUCGCUAACAUCAUCUCUCCUGUGAUGGCUAAAACAUCUGUCCAGAUCCCACAGCUGCUGCUGGCCUAUGCAGUGCCGACGUGCAUCAUCUGUUUCCUAGCAACACUGGGGAUACGGAGCAGUACCCCUCCGACGCCGCCAUCAGCCAGUGCGGAGACCUCUGGGUCAGAGCCGUUCAUACAGGGAAUCAAACUGUUACUGAGGAACAGAGCCUACCUCAUCCUGCUGCUGUGCUUCGGCUCGGGGAUCGGCGUUUUCACCUGCUUCUCCACGCUGCUGGAUCAGAUCCUGUGUGUGCAUGGAUACACCAACGACUUUGCUGGGUUGUGCGGCGCCCUCUUCAUCGUGUUCGGCAUCAUCGGCGCCGGCAUUCUGGGUCUCUACGUCGACAAAACCAAGAAGUUCAUCGAAGCCAUAAAGAUCAACAUGAGCUUCUGUGCUGUGGCGUGCAUCGCCUUCUCAGUGGUGUCUCUGAUGCCGCGGCAGAAAGCCGCCGUGGCCGCCGUCUGCUCCUUCUUUGGGUUUUUCGGUUUCUCCAUCUACCCGGUUGCCAUGGAGCUGUCGGUGGAGUGUUCAUAUCCUGUUGGAGAAGCCACGUCGGCCGGACUCGUCUUCGUAUCAGGACAGGUUCAGUCGGUCCUCUACAUCGUCCUCCUCCAGGCUCUGACCAAACGGCUCGCCGACUCCCCCCUGUCCACCUGUGGGGAUGUAGCCUUGAGCUGGAGGGUGCCCACGAUGGUGAUGGCAGGGCUGUGCACCCUGUUCACCUGCUGCUUCCUCAUCUUCUUCCACACCCGCUACAGACGACUGGAGGCCGAAGAACGAGCGGCUUUCGGGAGCAGAGAGAGCAACAGUGUAUCCGGCACUGAGCGCGCUCCGAUCGUGGAGAGGCGAAGCUGCUGAGACAGCAGAGGGAACGUGCCAGCGUGAACUACAGCAGAUGUUUUAAAUCCAGAUGUUCCUGAUGUUCCUGUGCUCUGACAGGAAAAUGUAAUAAUCCAAAUUUUAACACUCGGAGAAGUUUCUUCUAGGAAAGAAAUGUAUAUAAGUGAUUGUUUUCCAGCCACUUUGUCUGCUAAUCACGUGUAUACGCACAAUAAUUUUUAAUGUUAAUUAUUUUUUCUCAUUUUUAUGGAAACUUGUCUUUGAUGAAGGUAAUAAUAAGAACAAAUGUUACUUUAAUACUAGAAAGGGCAGUGCAGACUUUCACCCAGCCAAGUGUUCCUGAGGUGAGGAGCGUUGGCUCAGAGGCGGCCUGCAGGCGCUUCGUUCAUACGGGUAGGAAACAGCAGCUGCACAGGAGGAAGUGUGGCGUCUCCUUACACAGCCUGCUCGGAAAGACUCACGUUUUAUGCAUUAGGUGAAAUUUAACAUGUUGAUCCUUCUGCAUGUGAGCAGCCAACUAAUAAAGCGCCGGGUCACAUGACUCCGGGCACUGCAGAAAAGACUCGAUCUGACUUUACGCCGUCGGUCCGUCCUCGAAAUGACUCGUCGUGUCGUCCUGGCGCGCUGAAAUACUUUAACAUGUAAAUGUGGCCAUCAGAGUUUUACAUGUUUGACAAGCCUCCGUCAAACACUGAAUAACUCUGCUCGGUGAGCAGGUUUUCUGAGCGCGACUGCCUGAAGCUGAAAAAUCAGCACAAUAAAUGUAACUGUGCCUCGUUGUUGUAAAGGUGCGGCCUUCAUUAGGACUGCAGAUUAUCUGAAGUUGACACGUGUGGGUUUUGUGCAAUAAAAUGAGACAAACUGUUACAACUGUGCGGUGCUUAAUGACACGUAUGUUACAAAAAGGACACGUUUAUAAAUCAUUUUUAUUGAAUAAAUUUGUUUA